CCCACCCCUCACUCUGGCCGCUGCUGCAGCAGCCACCCUGCUUUAGCCGGUGCGUCCGGAGCCCCGCAGCGGCAUCAUGUUGGGCAUGAUCAGGAACUCGCUGUUCGGGAGCGUGGAGACUUGGCCCUGGCAGGUGCUGAGCACCGGGAGCAAGGAAGAAGUUUCCUACGAGGAGAGGGCGUGUGAAGGCGGGAGGUUCGCCACGGUGGAGGUGACUGACAAGCCAGUGGACGAGGCUCUGCGGGAAGCGAUGCCAAAGGUCAUGAAAUAUGUGGGGGGCACCAACGACCAGGGAAUCGGCAUGGGCAUGACCGUCCCCAUUUCCUUCGCCGUCUUCCCCAAUGGCGAUGGCUCUCUGCAGAAGAAAGUGAAAGUCUGGUUCCGCAUCCCCAACCAAUUCCAGGGCAACCCGCCCGUGCCCAGCGACGACAGCGUCAAGAUCGAGGAGCGGGACGGCAUCACCGUUUAUUCCAGGCAGUUCGGUGGCUACGCUAAGGAGGUGGACUACGUAGCCCAGGCAGCCCAGCUGCGUGCCGCCCUGGAGGGCUCGGCCACCUACCGGAGUGACAUGUACUUCUGCACUGGCUACGACCCCCCGAUGAAGCCCUAUGGACGCCGUAACGAGGUCUGGCUGGUGAAACCCUGAGUGGUCCCCAAGCCACGGCUACCGGACACAUGUGCUGUGUCCACCGGAGACAGGAGGAGUCAUGCUGCCAACUCCAAGUCACUGCCAGUGUCCACAUGCUGUCCAGAACAAUCAGCCUCCUGAUUCAGAGAGCACGCUGGUGGACUCAAUGGCCCCCAGUAAAUGUGGCCCUAGUUCUCUGGGUCACGAAAAAUGGAUUAAAAAAAAAUACCCAGCAACAGUAUUUUUAUUAUGAAGUGGGGGGAAAUGUGACUUGUAUAUGAUCUUUCAUCUGUGAUUCUGACAAAAGCUCUGUCUUGUCUGA